AUGUUGGAAGAAGGAUCAGCUCUGGCAGAGAAGGAACUUCAGCUCUACUACCGUUCAUUAGCUGACAAACCCAAGCAAAGGAGAAACGUACCCCGGUGCGGGACUACAAAAACCAACUUCAAAGCUGUUGGUUUUAAUGUUCAAAAAUGGAGCAAAAAUUUCCUAACCUACAAGAUUAUGAACUUCCCCACGGGACAACCCCAAUCAGUGAUAAGAUACCUGCUGGACAAAGCAUUUUCAGCGUGGAGUAACGUUACCAACCUGGACUUUGCGGAAGUUACCUUCGUGGAUCGAGCGGAUAUUGAGGUCGUCUUCGGAGGUCAGGUGCACUGGUCACGUGGUGAGCGAUGCUCCUUCCCUAUGGAUACGGACGUGUUUGCCCAUGCUUUCUACCCGGAAGAAGGAAAUGUACAUUUCAACACCAAGUACUAUUUUGACGGUGGGGAAUCGCUAGGACAGUUUCUGGAGGUCGCGAUGCACGAAAUAGGCCACGUGCUCGGGCUGGACCACUCCAAGUCCAAGGCUUCGCUGAUGCACCUCACGGAGAUUGGCAGGUUUACCGAACCGCAGCCGAUUGAUGUGAAGAAUAUUCAGCGACUGUACGGAGUACGUGGCGAAUCAAUGAGGGCUGCUGGAUCCAGAUUGUGCUCAUUGACAGCGAUGGACGCAGCCAUUCAGACUUCAGACGGAGUAAUAUACGUGUUUGCUGGAGAUUAUUUCUACGACGUUAAAAACAAGUUUGCCCCUGGGAAACUCAUUUCCUCAAAGUGGAAGGGACUCCCCGGGAACAUCGACGCAGCCUUCACGUACAACGGAGAGAAAACCUUCUUCUUCAAAAAUAACCUCUACUGGACGUUUAACGAAACUCGAAUGCUGCCGGGUCAUCCGCGGCAAAUCCGGGAUGGCUUCCCGGGUCUGCCGGACAACCUGGAUGCGACCCUGGUUAGUGAUGGAGAUAUCUACGCGUUCCGAGACGACCAGUAUUGGUACUACUCGGUCAAGGAUAAGCGCAUUUCCGGUGACUCUCCGAGCAGCACCCGGCGGAUCCACCUGCCGACGACCCACUUUGAUGCGGCUUUGAACACUGAGAGUGCCAUUAUGACCUUCAAGGGCGGUAACUUUUUCAGAUGGAGCGACGGAGGACGGUCGGUGCAGAUGCUUCGAAACAGUUGGUUACAGUGUUAG